AUGGCAGAUCACCUUGACCUUCUCCUAGGAGUGGUGCUCGUGGCUGGUCCUGUGUUUGGAACUUCUCCUUGCUCCUUUGAUGGCGUGAUAGCCUUAUUUCGUUUCUGCAACUUCACCCAGAUUCCCCCGAUCCCCAACAGCACAGAGACCCUCCUUCUAAGCUUCAACUACAUCACGACAGUCACUGCCACAUCAUUCCCCUUCCUGCAGCAGCUCCAGCUGCUAGAGCUUGGAACCCAGUACACUCCCUUGACAAUUGGCAAAGAGGCCUUCAGAAACCUGCCCAAUCUUAAGAUCCUGGACCUGGGCAAAAGUCAUGUGGACUUCUUGCAUCCAGAUGCUUUUCAGGGAUUAUCACGACUGUUUGAACUUAGACUGUUUGCCUGUGGCCUCUCUGAUGUUGUCUUACGAGAUGGCUAUUUCAGAAAUUUAAGUGCUUUAACUCGCUUGGACCUCUCCAUGAACAAGAUCAGUAGCCUUUCCCUACAUUCUUCCUUUCAGGAAUUGAAUUCCUUACAGUCUAUAGACUUUUCUUUCAAUCAAAUACUCACUGUAUGUGAGGAUGAGCUCAAACCCCUCCAAGGAAAAGUGUUCUCUUGGUUCAGCCUCAAAGCUAAUAACCUGUACAUCAGAGUCUUGGUGGAUUGGGAGAAGUGCAUGAAUCCAUUCAGAAGCAUGCAGCUGGACACGCUUGACGUUUCUGGCAAUGGCUGGACAGCCAUCAUCACGGAAAACUUUUGCAAUGCCAUCUGGGGAAGCAAGGUCUCCUCUUUGAUUCUGGACCACCAUACUAUGGGUUCUGGCUUUGGAUUCCAAAACAUCAAAGAUCCUGAUGAGAACACAUUUGCUGGCCUGGCCCAAAGUUCCGUAGCACGCUUGGAUCUUUCACAUGGUUUUAUCUUCUCCUUGAAAUCCCUAGUCUUUCAGAAGCUCAAGAACUUGAAAGUUCUGAAUCUGUCCUACAACAAGAUAAACACAAUUGCAGUAAAUGCAUUUUAUGGGCUCGACAGCCUCCAGAUUCUCAAUGUAUCUUAUAACCUUUUAGGGGAACUUUAUAAUUCCAACUUCUAUGGGCUACCAGGAGUAGUUUACAUUGACCUUCGAAUGAAUCACAUUGGGAUCAUUCAAAGAGAAACGUUCACAUUCCUUGCGAAAUUACAGACCUUGGAUCUCCGGGACAAUGCUCUUAAUAGCAUUGAUUUUAUUCCAAGCAUACCUACUAUCUUCCUGGGUGGAAAUAAACUGGUGACUUUGGCAAACAUCGGCUUUACAGCCAACUUUAUCCAGUUGGCUGAGAACAAGCUAGAAAAUCUGGCAGAGCUCUAUUUCCUCCUCCAGAUACCUGAUCUCCAGAUUCUCAUUUUAAAUCAGAAUCGUCUUUCCUCUUGUAAGCCACAAAAUCUUCCUUCAAGAAAUCUCAGCCUACAACAACUCUACCUUGGAGAAAAUAUGCUGCAACUUGCCUGGGAAACUGGAUCCUGCUGGGAUAUUUUUAAGGGUCUUUUCAAUCUCCAAGUUCUAUAUCUGAAUAAUAACUACCUUAACUUCCUUCCACCUGGUGUAUUUAGCGACCUGAUCGCCUUAAGGGGGCUUAGCCUCCACUCCAACAGGCUGACCAUUCUUUCACCUAACAGUUUACCUGCUAAUCUAGAGGUCCUAGAUAUAUCCAGGAACCAGCUUCUAUCUCCAGAUCCUGGUUUAUUUACAUCACUUAGGUUCUUGGACAUAACUCAUAACAAGUUCAUUUGUGAAUGUGAACUUAGUGCUUUUGUACAUUGGCUCAACCAAACCAAUGUCACCAUACAUGGCUCUCCCACCGAGAUAUACUGCAUGUACCCAGACUCAUUUGUAGGGGUUUCUCUGUACAAUGUUUCCACAGUCGGCUGUGAUAUAGAAGAGGUCUUAAAGAACCUAAGGUUUUCUCUUUUCCUCUUGUUCACGGUCACACUGAUUCUGUUCCUCAUGACCAUCCUCAUACUCACAAAGUUCCGGGGGGUUUGUUUCAGCUGUUACAAUACAGUCUGGAGAUUGGUAUUCAAAGACCAGGCCCAGGGAACAGAGUCUGAUAUGUACAAAUAUGAUGCCUAUUUUUGCUUCAGUAGCAAAGAUUUUGAAUGGGUACAGAAUGCUUUGCUUAAACAUUUGGACACUCAGUACUGUGACCAAAACAGAUUCAACCUGUGUUUUGAAGAAAGAGAUUUUGUCCCUGGAGAAAACCACAUAACCAAUAUCCAGGCAGCGGUCUGGAGCAGCAGGAAGACUGUGUGCCUUGUGAGUAGACACUUCCUUAGGGACGGGUGGUGCCUAGAAGCCUUCAGUUAUGCCCAGAGCAAGUGUUUAUCUGAUCUCAACAGUGUCCUCAUCAUGGUGGUUGUCGGGUCCCUGUCACAGUACCAACUGAUGAAACAUAAGAGUAUCAGAGGAUUCGUCCAGAAGCAGCAGUAUUUGAGGUGGCCGGAGGAUCUUCAGGAUGUUGGCUGGUUUCUCGAUAAACUCUCCCAACACAUCCUAAAGAAAGAAAGAGGACAGAAGGAAGAUGGUCACAUUCCAUUACAAACGAUAACCACCAUCUCCUAGCAAACGAGCCAUUUCAUUGGUUGCCCGAAUAAUCCUUCACUUUCUAUGUGCCUCAGGUUACUCUAUAUUGGGCUCCCUUUCCUGCUAUGAAACAUCAGUCUCUUGAUUUUAAUGUCAACACAGUGUUUUUGUCUCACUGA